UUUUCAAAAUUCAUCGUAUUGUUAUUUGCUUUGAAAUGAGCAAUUUACGUAUUCAUGGGAUGGUAACGCACUGCGGGGGAGUCAGUUUGUGUAAGUGUAUAGAAUGGCGUAGAAUAACUUAGCGAUUGAAAACGAAUGGAACGGCACGACGAAAGUGGAAUGCAAAAGGGAGGAAGGGAGAUAGUGGUCACCCCCUCCUCUCUUUCACUCUUUCUCUGAAGUCAGAGUUGUUGGUCUUGAUGAUGCUUCUUCUUUUAUUUUUUAGUUUAGUCGAGCUCAGACAUUUAGCUAUAGACCGCAGAAACUCUUAUACGAUACAGUGGACUCGUGCUUUGCUACGGCAUGAUAGAGUCUAUAUUAAACAAGUAUGACUUCAGGAAUAAAGUGCUUAAACAUUUUUAUUAGUGUUAUUUUAAUAAUAAUCAUCAAUUUUGCAACAAAUACAAAAGGUUCAUAUUGGGAUAGUGAAGAAGAUAAUUCUCAAUGUCCGAAAGUAAAAGCUAUCAGGGACUUUGAUGUUUCCGAGUUUUUGGGAAUAUGGUAUGUAGUUGAAUACUAUGCAAGUUCUGAGGAGGCUCUUGCCUACAGGUGCAUGAAGGCAGAACUUUCAGUGUCUUCUGAAAAUGACGAAGUAACUAUGAACUUUACCUACAGCUUCGUCGAUGAUCCAAUUAAUGAACAAUUAAUUGGGAACAUCACCUGGAAAAUUCCUUCUCCAGAUUUACCAGCUCACUGGGUUCAUGCCGAAGAACCUUAUGAAGGGGUUUAUAACACCUACGUUUUAGACACGGACUAUAAAUCGUGGGCGUUAUUGAUGCAUUGUGCCGAGAAGAGCAAGAGUCCACGGUACUUAUCUAGUUUCAUUAUGAGUCGAGAAGUUAGUGUUGGAGUUAACGUAAUUUCCUAUUUGAAAGAAAAACUUCUCAGGUAUGAUGUUAAUAUGGAAUAUUUAUUUCCCAUGGAGCAAAAUAAUUGCACGACAAUAGAAACACAAGCAGAUUUAAUGGUACCACCAAUGGAACCAACUAGACAAAAAAUUGGAAUUAGAAAACAUCCUCUCAAGAGAAAACAUAAAUAAUCUUACAAGAUUUAUUUUUGAUUCUAAUUUUACAAGAUUUAUCAUCUUGUAUAUUAUGAAUUUAAAUACAAAGGCUGUGUACUUGAAAUUCGUUCUCGACAAAAUCAACUCUCCUCAUCGAACUUGUAAAAAUAUUACAGAGAACAGUAAAUAUUUUUAUCGAUAAUGUAUAUUCAUUAGUUAUAUUUAAUAUUCUAGCCAUAUUUCUACAUUAUGUGAAUAAACUUAAUCUGUUUUAAGAUUAAUUACAAAUUGUAUAAAAGAAAAUGAAGUAAAAGUAGAAGAUUGUAUUUUUUAAAGAAAA